GGGCCGGGGCGGAGCGGAGUCAUCCGCAGAGCAGCCCCUCCCGGCCGUGGCCGUCGACCCCGGCCCCCGGCCCCGGCUCUAUGGACAGAAGCUCGCUGCUGCAGCUUAUUCAGGAGCAGCAGCUGGACCCUGAGAACACAGGCUUCAUCGGUGCGGACACCUUCACUGGCUUGGUGCACAGCCAUGAGCUGCCCCUGGAUCCAGCCAAGCUGGACAUGCUGGUGGCCCUGGCCCAGAGCAACGAGCGGGGCCAGGUCUGCUACCAGGAGCUGGUGGACCUGAUCAGCAGCAAGCGUUCCAGCAGUUUUAAACGGGCCAUCGCCAAUGGACAGCGGGCACUGCCCCGGGAUGGGAUGCUAGAUGAGCCAGGCCUGGGUGUCUAUAAGCGGUUUGUGCGCUACGUGGCCUACGAGAUCUUGCCCCGAGAGGUGGACCGCCAUUGGUAUUUCUACCGGCACCGCAGCUGCCCACCCCCUGUGUUUAUGGCCUCGGUCACCCUGGCCCAGAUCAUCGUGUUCCUGUGCUAUGGGGCCCGCCUCAACAAGUGGGUGCUGCAGACCUACCACCCUGAGUACAUGAAGAGCCCCCUCGUAUACCAUCCUGGCCACCGUGCCCGGGCCUGGCGCUUCCUCACCUACAUGUUCAUGCACGUCGGGCUGGAGCAGCUGGGGUUCAACGCACUCCUACAGCUAAUGAUUGGGGUGCCCCUGGAGAUGGUGCACGGCCUGCUCCGCAUCAGCCUGCUCUACCUGGCUGGCGUGCUGGCAGGUUCCCUGACUGUCUCCAUUACUGACAUGCGGGCCCCUGUGGUGGGGGGCUCUGGCGGAGUCUACGCCCUGUGCUCUGCACACCUGGCCAACGUCGUCAUGAACUGGGCUGGGAUGAGGUGUCCCUACAAGCUGCUGAGAAUGGUGCUGGCCCUGGUGUGCAUGAGCUCCGAGGUGGGCCGGGCUGUGUGGCUGCGCUUCUCCCCACCACUGCCUGCCUCGGGCCCACAGCCCAGCUUCAUGGCGCACCUGGCUGGUGCAGUGGUGGGGGUCAGCAUGGGCCUGACCAUCCUGCGCAGCUAUGAGGAGCGCCUCCGGGACCAGUGCGGCUGGUGGGUGGUACUGCUUGCCUAUGGCACCUUCCUGCUCUUCGCCAUCUUCUGGAACAUCUUCGCCUACGACCUGUUGGGUGCCCACAUCCCCCCACCACCUUGAGGGGUUCCUGGGGGCCUCAUGGGCUAGGGCAUGGCCUGCAUGUCCACCUUCUGUGAAUGUACAUCUCAAGACUGCUUCUCCAUGAGGGCAGAUGGCCCCUGUGGCCUGCUGAGUUCAGGCCAAGCCUUACACCAGCUCUGGCCCCCCUGCCAGGCCUGGGUGGGGGUUAGGACUGCUGGGCCAGGCUGGGCAGUGGAGGUCCCAAGGGUGGCCUCAGAGGUGACCCUAUCUUGGCCUUUCCCCCCCAGGACUUGCAGUCUGAGCCUUUUUGGAGAAUAAAUAAAUAUUUUACACAGCACCAAGUGGCUGUAUCGGGCCUCUGGGGGCUGGUAGGCCCUAACUCACCGAGCAGACUAUGAGGGCUCUUCUCUUCGUGUGGGCAGCCUGGAUUCCUCCUUGCUCCUCUGCACCUGUAUGAGGGCUGGCAGGCCUGGCACUGCCGCAUCAGACGUGAAGGCUGCUGGAAGAAGUGAAGGACCAGCACUCAGACUCCGCCAGUAUCAGAACCACUUCAGUGUGGGGUGCCAUUCCCAGUGACCCUCUGUGUCACCGACAUGGUCAUUGGUUCGUAUCACAACAACACUAACAUGUUCCGCCCGUCACGUCCAUGUAAUCAGCUCUCCUCACUGAGCCCCCCUACAGCAGACUUGGGUUAGGUGGGUGGUCACUGGUAGUGGACUUCAACAGGGGGGCCUGCCCCACAAGCGAGGAACCACCCCCAGGCGAAAGCCCCACCCCAUGGCGCAAGGGGCCACCCCCAACGCCAGGGGACCCGCCAAGGUCCCGCCCGCUAUGUGGAAACCCCUCACCGCCAGCUUCCAAGCCAGCAGCCGUUUCAGCUCGUCUCGUGUCACGUGCUUCUCUGCGCUCAGGCCUCGAUGGCUUCUUGCAAAUCCUCUCGAUACCUGUGGUAGGGCAGUGAUGGUAGGCUGAGCAACGGGGACUGCCCGCCUUACCGAUGCCCCCACCGCCCUAAUGUACGCCCAGGGCUUCCUGUUACUACUGGGGGCCGUGCUAGUUCACACCACCUGCCUGCGGCCUGCUAGACUGGCUGCCUAACCAC